CAUGUGCUGGAAGCAUAGCAUAAGGACGCAAAGAAAUGGUAAAUGGAUACUUGCAUUAUUUUGUUUUUGUUUACAACAGCCCUCAAAAGUUUGGGAUCCUUUUCCGCUUUGGCGUUAUCCCCGUCCUUGGAUGUCCAUUUGAAAUGGGGAGGUCUUAAAUGAACCAAUUAUGCGGGUGGGGUUGAGCGGGAAUGGGGUUGAGGGCCCUUGAAAGUGAGCCUUCGUAUUUGAUGCGGUUAAAAGAGACAGCCCUGUUCUCUAACCUUUGUCGUGGGGCCACGUGUUCUUUUUUCUGUUUGACAGUCAAGUUCUUAGAAGUUAUCAAGCCUUUCUGUGCAGUCCUACCCGAAAUUCAGAAGCCGGAAAGGAAAAUUCAAUUUAGAGAGAAGGUAUUGUGGACUGCUAUAACUCUCUUCAUUUUCCUAGUAUGUUGUCAGAUACCACUCUUUGGAAUCAUGUCCUCAGAUUCUGCAGAUCCCUUCUACUGGAUGAGAGUUAUUCUUGCUUCCAACAGAGGAACGUUAAUGGAAUUGGGUAUCUCCCCAAUUGUAACAUCUGGUUUGAUUAUGCAGCUGUUAGCUGGAGCCAAAAUCAUUGAAGUUGGAGAUACACCUAAAGAUAGAGCGCUAUUCAAUGGAGCCCAGAAAUUAUUUGGCAUGAUUAUUACCAUUGGGCAAGCCAUUGUGUAUGUCAUGACGGGCAUGUAUGGGGACCCUGCUGAAAUGGGUGCUGGAAUCUGUCUCCUCAUCAUUAUUCAGUUGUUUGUUGCUGGUUUGAUUGUGCUGCUGUUAGAUGAACUGCUGCAGAAGGGUUACGGCUUGGGGUCUGGUAUUUCCCUCUUUAUUGCCACCAACAUCUGUGAGACCAUUGUCUGGAAGGCCUUUAGUCCCACUACCAUUAACACUGGCAGAGGUACCGAGUUCGAGGGGGCGGUCAUAGCUCUGUUUCACUUACUGGCCACCAGAACAGACAAAGUCCGCGCUCUACGGGAGGCCUUCUACCGUCAGAAUUUACCCAAUCUCAUGAACCUCAUCGCGACCGUGUUUGUGUUUGCUGUUGUUAUAUAUUUUCAGGGGUUCCGAGUUGACCUGCCCAUCAAGUCGGCCCGGUACCGGGGGCAGUACAGCUGCUACCCCAUCAAGCUCUUCUACACGUCCAACAUCCCCAUCAUCCUGCAGUCGGCCUUGGUCUCCAACCUCUACGUCAUCUCCCAGAUGCUCUCCGUGCGGUUCAGUGGCAACUUCUUAGUCAAUUUACUCGGACAGUGGGCUGAUGUCAGUGGAGGCGGGCCUGCUCGCUCGUACCCAGUCGGAGGCCUCUGUUACUAUCUCUCGCCUCCGGAGUCCAUGGGGGCCAUCUUUGAGGAUCCGGGCCAUGUGGUUGUUUAUAUCAUCUUCAUGCUGGGAUCCUGUGCAUUCUUUUCUAAGACGUGGAUCGAGGUGUCUGGUUCCUCAGCCAAAGAUGUGGCUAAACAGCUUAAAGAGCAGCAAAUGGUCAUGAGGGGUCACAGGGAUACCUCAAUGGUUCAUGAGCUUAAUAGGUACAUCCCCACGGCAGCUGCGUUUGGCGGUCUGUGCAUCGGCGCCCUGUCCGUGUUGGCUGACUUCCUGGGAGCCAUUGGCUCCGGCACUGGGAUUCUGCUCGCUGUCACUAUUAUCUAUCAGUAUUUUGAAAUAUUUGUUAAGGAACAGGCCGAAGUCGGAGGGAUGGGGGCUUUGUUUUUCUAAAUGUACAAAUAUUUCUGUGUGUGCGUGUGAGAAAGGGAAAAUAAUUUGGUGUUGUGUUUGUCAGAUGAUGCUGGCUCCCCUCCCACCCCUCAGUUGCUUGUUUUCCAGUGCUAACCGCCCCAUUCGAGAUGGGCCCGGAGCUAAGCCUGUGUGCAGCACUAGUACCAGCUGCCUUAAGACUCAAGUUUACAUUAUUCGUUUGAAAUGUCCAUCGAGUGUUGCUGUGACGCCGGAAACCAGUGUACCUCCCUUGCUGCCCUGUCACAACCGCGAGACGGUGACAUGGAAUCGUUUGGCACACGACCGUCAGAACCCAUAGGACUGACUCCCCCCACUUGUUUAACAC